CGCUAUUAGUACCGUCCCUCAGCGGAGCCCGCCUCAGUGCGGUCCCUCCCCGUCUCUCAGCACCAUGCAGGGUCUCAGCUCCGCGCCACCCGCCGCCUUCCUCCUCCUCCUCCUCCGCCUCAGCUCGCUGCUGCUGUUGCCGGUGGCAGCGGUACCGGUGGCGGAGCGGGAGCUGAAUCCCAGCAGCCGCCUGGCCGCCGGGGCGGCGCGGGUGGCAUUGCAUUACCUCAACUUCCAGACGGCGUCCCCCGGAGAGCUGCAGGCGCUGGGGCAGGUCCGCAAAGCCACGGUGAAGAGCAUCCCAGACUCUGGUCACAAGUAUUACGUGCAGUUCACUACUGAAGACUACAGGAGCGGGGUGAGUUUAUGGUCCUCUGCAUCUCUUCUGACACUGUGCCAGGAAAAUGCCGGGAGCUGCCUUGCUACAGUGCUGUAUCGGAAGACAAAGUCUCCGCCUCUUGUCAAUAUCAAGUGCAUGCCUACCAAAGACCAGAAGCAAAUCCAAGAAGAGGACAACAGACUUUACCAAAAAAUUAGGCACCAAACCAAACCAAUAAUUGGAAACAAUAUUCCAGACAGCUAUGGCAAUAUUGAACCUGCCCUGGAGCCAGUGUGGGCUUUGGCUGUUGCUGGCAGCAGUUACAUAAUGUGGGAAAAGUCAACAGAGAACUUGGGUUACUUCAUGGCACAAGUCAAGUCUGUGAAGCAGUGGAUAAGGAAAGAUGAUUUUAUUGAAUUUGACUACACUGUUCUACUCCAUGAAAUUCCAACACAGGAAAUUAUUUCGUGUCACAUGCGCCUCACUUGGCUUCCUGGUCACCCCCUGAAAGUGAAAUACUUCUGUGCUUCAGAGAAUCAGGGGCUCGAAGAUGGAUCUGGAAUGGAAUCUGGAUCAGCUGCUGGGAUUUUGCAUGAAAGGGGAGCAAAUUUUUAA